GGAGUUAAUUACUCUUCUUUUUAAGGAGCAGCUGUUGUUGGGCCUAACUACUUUAUUGAUUUAUUUCAAACAAACAAACAAACAAAUAAAUAAACAAACAAACAAACAAUGGAGAACGUUCUGCGUUACGUUAACAUUUUCUCCUUAUGUUUUCUGUUUUUCUCCGUCAACGUUUCUCAAUUGGCUUUAAGAAAUCGCUACUUUAAUUACUUGCCGGAAUCGCGUAUAGUUUCAUAUAUUGAUCUGCAAGAUACUGUAACCUGCACCAGAACCGGUAUGAUGCUGAAAGUGCCUAAAGACGAGUUUAUUGAUUUGACCAUAAAGUUUCUAGUAGUUGAUGCGAAUGGCCGAUAUGUUUUUGCAGAACAUAUUGCCUCUCAAUGCAAAUACUCAGUUAAGAAAGACCUCGAUGAGUCGUGGCUGUUUGAAACCGCGUAUGAUGGAUGUUAUGUUCAGAUGGAGGGAAACCAGGCAUCCCUGCAGGUAGUUCUUCUAGCGACGGCGGCUGAUGGCAGAAUAGAAAUUACGGAGAAUGUUCCAGUAAAGUGCAUCAUCACAACCGAUGUAGAGCCGCAUCCUACCGAUUAUCCAAUGAAUCGGAGCAGCGUGUGUACCGAGGAUGGCUUUUUUCAGAUAGUCAUUUGGUCAAAUGUAACAAAACCACAUCUGGUCCUGGAUUCCGUCUACGUGUCCAGCGGUAAUGCUCAAGAGUGUAAACCAGCCCAGACGACCGCAGCAUACGUGAAGUUCCGAUUCCCACUCAACUCUUGCGGAGCACGAAGAACGGUUAGUGAUGGGAAAGUGACCUAUUCCGUUGACGUCCUGGCUAAAGGUCUUCCUGCAGGACUAGCCACAAUAUCCAGAGACAGUGUCUUCAGGCUUACAGCACGCUGUCAUUUCAAUCAAGAAGCAGAAGCUCGUAUAGCGGCUGCUGUCCUUACUGUCCCUCCACCUUUCCCAGCAAGAAGUGAUGGUGAACACCUGCUGGAGCUGAGGAUUGCAAAAGAUGUCUCCUAUGCAGAUUAUUACACCAGCAUGGAGUACCCUGUGAUAAAGCUACUGCGCAAAGUGGUGUAUAUUGAAGUUCGUAUUCUGAACAGGGUCGACCCGAAACUUGUAUUGCUCCUGGAUGACUGCUGGGCUACUCCGGAUAAAGAUCCGUAUAUGAGCCAUCGCUGGAAACUUCUUGAAAAGGGGUGUCCUUUUGCUGGAGACAAUUAUGUAACAGAGAUCCAGCCUGUCCUGUCCACUCCGGAUGUACGGUUUCCAGCGCAUUACAAACGAUUUCAAGUGAAGAUGUUUGCCUUUUUGGAUCACCAGACAUUACAACCUCUGAAUGGUUCAGUCUACUUCCACUGUGACGCCACAGUAUGCACAGGAACAGAAUACGAUUGUCCUGUGUCAUGCGGCAGAAGGAAAAGAAGAACCCAAGGACUGCAAGUUUGGCAGAACAGAGCCCAGUCCAGCAUGAUCUCAAAGGGUCCCAUUCGGAUCAGCUGGAAUUUAGAGGAGUCCUCUCAACCCCACAGACUUGCGGUUUAUUUGGUCUCCAGUGCAGGAGCAGUGUUCUUCGCUGCCAUUGUAUGCUGCUUCAUUAUUAGAUGGAGGAAACGCUGGUUGUCGCAAAGAUGAUGGCCUGUAGAUCAUUUUCUUUAAUAAAACUUUAAA